GGCUGGCUUCAGCCAAUGGGCGUGCAGAAGCGGCCCUUCCUCUCGGCUGGUUGGCGCGUCAGUCCCGGCGCCGCUUACUACUGCCUUCGUUCGCUGUGCCGGGGAAAGGGGCCGGCUGCACAAGGUAAAAGCAUGGCUGCCAAGCCAAACAAUGGAUUGGUGGCUCUAACCAAGAGAGCUGAUCCAGCUGAGCUGAAAACAAUAUUUUUGAAGUAUGCAAGUGUUGAAAAAAAUGGUGAAUUUUACAUGUCUCCCAAUGAUUUUGUCACACGAUUCCUGAAGAUAAUAGGAGAUGGGGUGCCCAAUCCCAAUACGAUCCAACUGCUGGGAGGUGUAGUAGAUCAGACUAAAGAUGGGUUGAUAUCCUUUCAAGAAUUUGUAGCGUUUGAAUCUGUCCUCUGUGCUCCCGAUGCAUUGUUUAUGGUGGCAUUUCAGCUUUUUGACAAAACUGGCAAAGGAGAAGUUACUUUUGAGGAUGUUAAACAGGUGUUUGGGCAGACCACAAUUCAUCGCCGGAUUCCUUUUAACUGGAACUCUGAAUUUGUACAGCUACAUUUUGGAAAAGAUCGGAAAAGGCGUCUAACAUAUGCAGAGUUCACCCAAUUCUUAUUGGAAAUACAGUUGGAACAUGCAAAGCAAGCAUUUGUGCAACGAGAUAAUUCUCAAGCUGGAAGAGUCACAGCCAUUGACUUCAGGGAUAUUAUGGUCACCAUCCGACCUCAUAUGUUAACACCUUUUGUUGAAGAAUGUCUAGUAGCUGCUGCUGGAGGUACUACUUCUCAUCAAGUCAGUUUUUCCUAUUUUAAUGGAUUUAAUAGCCUUCUUAAUAAUAUGGAACUUAUUAGAAAAAUCUAUAGUACUCUGGCUGGACAUAGAAAAAAAGUAGAAGUUACCAAAGAGGAGUUUGUUCUGGCAGCUCAGAAAUUUGGCCAGGUUACACCCAUGGAAGUUGACAUCUUGUUCCAGUUAGCAGAUUUAUAUGAGCCACGGGGACGUAUGACAAUGGCUGAUAUUGAAAGAAUUGCACCUUUGGAAGAAGGAACUUUACCCUACAAUCUGGUUGAGGCUCAGAGACAGCAAGCUCCAACUGAUGUGGCUCGACCUAUUCUCAUCCAGAUAGCAGAAUCUGCAUACAGGUUUGCCCUUGGUUCAGUAGCUGGAGCGGUUGGAGCCACUGCUGUGUAUCCAAUUGAUCUGGUGAAAACACGAAUGCAGAACCAGCGCUCCACUGGGUCAUUUGUUGGAGAGCUGAUGUACAAGAGUAGCUUUGAUUGCUUCAAGAAAGUGCUACGUUAUGAAGGAUUCUUUGGGCUAUACAGAGGUCUUCUGCCACAGCUCCUGGGGGUAGCUCCAGAAAAAGCCAUAAAGCUUACUGUAAACGAUUUUGUGAGAGACAAAUUUAUGCAAAGGGAUGGUUCUGUCCCUUUUCCAGCAGAAAUUCUUGCUGGGGGCUGCGCCGGAGGCUCUCAAGUGAUAUUCACAAAUCCACUAGAAAUCGUUAAAAUUCGCUUGCAAGUGGCUGGAGAGAUCACAACUGGUCCACGUGUUAGUGCCCUUACGGUCUUGCGAGACCUAGGAUUUUUUGGCCUUUAUAAGGGAGCCAAAGCCUGUUUCCUUCGCGACAUUCCCUUUUCUGCUAUUUACUUCCCUUGUUACGCUCACACAAAGUCUGCUUUUGCAAAUGAAGAUGGACAGGUGGCUCCUGGUUAUUUGCUUCUGGCAGGAGCAAUAGCUGGAAUGCCAGCUGCAUCUUUAGUGACACCUGCAGAUGUGAUAAAGACAAGGUUACAGGUAGCAGCCCGGGCAGGACAAACAACUUACACUGGUGUCAUUGAUUGCUUUGGAAAGAUCUUACGAGAGGAAGGUCCAAGGGCUUUUUGGAAAGGAGCUGCAGCUCGUGUAUUUCGUUCAUCCCCUCAAUUUGGAGUAACCCUAGUGACAUAUGAGCUACUGCAGCGAUGGUUUUACAUUGAUUUUGGAGGAGUAAAACCAGCAGGAUCUGAACCAGUGCUUAAAUCUAGAAUCACCCUCCCUGCACCUAACCCUGACCAUGUUGGGGGUUACAAACUGGCUGUUGCCACAUUUGCAGGAAUUGAAAAUAAAUUUGGACUUUAUUUACCUCAGUUUACAUCGAUGUCUCCUACCUCUAGAACAGCAUUAUAAGCCACAACAUAGUUAUAAGUAAUAGUUGGCAAAAGAACCAUGUGUCUGAUCAAUCUUUAUACUUCAGUCCUUUAGUUUUUCUGUCUGAGCAAAGCCUUAUCUAGAAAUUUCUUUUCCUUCCCCAUUUUUCCACUUUAGAUAUGCACUUCCUAUAUCAGAUCACUGUCACGUUUCUGCUAAAAUAGUUGUUAAUUUGGACCCAUGAAUGUAUCUCCCUCCCCCAAUUACUUAUACUUGGAAUUGUGAAUGUACUUUGGCUGAUUUUGAAAACUUAUAAUUAUUUUUCUUGUUGGUGGGCAAACAGGGAACGUUGGGAUGGUAGAAUAUGGCUUUUGGCAUCAGAUGAUGUUCUGCCAUCAUGACUGCAUAAAUAGGUAUUAGGGCUGAGCAGCACUUCAGAUCUAAAGGCAAAAAUACACUUUACUGUACAAAUAUGUGAAUGUAGCUCAUCUGCAAUGGCUUAAUACAGUUGUUGGUUUGUCUGGGAUCAGGCAGUUGCCCUGUGCAGGCAGUCCCUGGAAAUAUACCUUUGGUUUAAGGCAUGAUAGAUUCAUGCCUUCAGGUAAGCAAAUACUUGUUUUCUAAACAAACUGUAUGGCUCUGUUGGAUAUACUCUUAUAUACAUUUACAUAUUGUGUAUGUGUGUGUAUACAGUUUACACACGUUUACAUAUGCAUGUAUCUAGGAUUUUCUUAUAUGCAACAGAGAUCAUGAUGCUAUAUGAAUUAUUUAAACAUCAGAUUAUGCAUUUGUUACAUAUUCAAUCUAUGUACAGUAGGAUUCAAAAUGUAUCAGUGAGCCGUACUGAAUUCUGAAAAUGUAUUUUACAUACACUGGAUUCCUGAAUUAUAUUAUAGAGCAGUGUUUCUCAACCUUGGCAGCUUUUAAGAUGACUGGAUUUCAACUCCCAGAAUCCCCCAGCCAGUAAGGAAUUGAAGUCUUAAAGUUGCCAAGGUUGAGGAAGACUGUUACUGAGCUUUUUAUGGGCAUUGUGUUUUUGUAAUUUAAACCAUGUCAACAAAUGUUAAGCAAUUUACAUUCCUGCUAACAGAAUUAUGACUGGAUAAACCUGGGAAAGAAAUGUAGAUUUCCAUAAUCUAUGCACUUUGUGGAAGAAUGUAGCCGUUAUUCUCCGCAAUGGUAUUUCACAAUCCAGGCGAGAGCCACCAAAAGAUAGUGUUGUAUACUCUCAAUCAUUUUCCAUGCUUUGCUGCAUUGAUGUGAAUGGAAGCUGCACCCAACAGGUCUGGAAUUUGCCCCUACCGAUAUUUGGAAUACUUUUUAUGUAAUGCACUUAGGAAUAAUUGCUGCUUGUUUAAAUAAAUGCAAUAAAAGAAUUCAAGCACUGUA